UUGGUAGAUAAGCUUGAGUACUUCCGGUAAACAUUACAGCUGAUUGGCUCGUUGCUCUGUAACACCCGGAAGCUUCCCGUGUUCGUUCACCGGUUUGUUGUUGGUAAAAUGGCAGAGGUCAGCCAGCGGCUGGGGACCGGAGUCUACCGGCUGGCAACCGUAGGGUCCGGCCAGGCUCGUCCGCUGUGCCCCAAAGGAACCAGCGGACUCCUCCCGACAAGCUGCGCCUGCACCCAGAGGCAGUUUACAGAGGAAUCGGUCCAGCUGUUAAAAAGAAGAGCAACUCAACCCAAUUCUGAGAAACUUUCCAGAGUAAGAAAAACUGGAAAUCAGCAGAUAUUUGUGUUUUGUCUUGGUUGCACUUCCUUUAACAUACCUUUAGGUCGUUUAUCCUGGCAUCCUGAAGCCAGAAAGAGCCAAACAGCCGCCAAAACUAACCUGCUGAUCAAGACUGGGUGCCUUCAGGAGAAACUAUUCUCAUGCAUGAAACGACCCUGGACCAGAGGAGUUGUUUCAAUCCGUCCUGACACCUGCAGAUCCCUUCAGCAACUCAGAACUUUCUGCACUGUCCUCUUCACCCUGGCAGAUGAGAGAUCAGAGUGCGGAGCGUCACUGAAAUACCUGAAACUUCACCCUGAUGUAUUUAAAGCCUCCACAGCAGCUAGAUGUUACAGCAGGAGGUCAGAGGAAGCUCCUCUGCUACACAGGAGCAAAAGCACCUAUUACGACCUGCUCAAUGUUUCCCCCAAUGCCACACAGUCGCAGAUCAAGACAGCGUACUACAAACAGUCCUUCAUCUACCACCCUGACAAGAACCUGGGCAGCAAGGAAGCCACACAGCGCUUCUCUGAGAUCAGCGAGGCUUACACCGUGCUGGGCAACAUCAGCCUCAGGAAGAAGUAUGACCGAGGGAUCCUGAGCCAGUCUGAUCUUCAGAGUGGAGGGACGCAUUCCUUCAAAUAUGCAUCAAGCAGAUCCAAAAGCUCUCAGCAGCAACAGCAUUAUCAUCAUCAGCAGAGAUCCAGACGGUUCUCCCAAACCGGUGGAAGGCCCAUGUUUGAUUUUGACGCCUUUUUUCAGGCUCAUUAUGGAGAACAACUUCAGAGGGAGAGGGACUUAAGAGCCAAGAAGAAGCAAAUGGAGGAGAUGCAGAAGGAGAGGGUUUACAAGUUCAGGGAGAAAAAGAUUCUGGAGUUCACGCUUGUAAUGCUGGUGGCCAUGUCAGGGAUCAUCUUCAUCAGUCUAGGCAAGCCUUGACUGAGCAGCAGGAGCAGUCAGUGGUUGAUGUUUCUCAGAGGGUUAGACAGAGGCGCUGCCUCGGAUUGUUCAGGUGGUGCACAGUUUGCCGCAGGAUACGUAUUUUGAAACUGGAUCUUUGCAGUUUGCAUUUCUGAAACAAACACAGGCAUCAAAUUGUUUUCAGAUGAUAUGAAGAUCAGAUAUGAAUGAGAAGUUAUUUUGAAGCUAAUUUCAGCUGUCUGUAUUUUAAAACAAUCUUUUUUAUAGACAAUCUGUUGCUUAGUUGCCUUUGUUAUCUGCUAUUAUUUGUCUUAAAAACACUUGAGAAAUGGACUUAUAAAUGGCCAAAACAAAAACAACUUUAACUGUAGAAUUUUACAAGACAGAACUACUAAAUUAUGAUUCUUCUGUAAGAAAUACCCGUUUUCCUUUAAACUAGUAGUGCAUCAUAUAUUAGUUGCUACAAAUGAAUGUGUGCUGAUAAGUUGUUUAAAAUGUUACUUAGUUUUAUUCAACAACCCUAAUAAUAACCCACACUUUUCUGAUUAUGGUUGUUCAUGUUGCAUUGCUUUCUGUGAUUUAACUUCAUAAAGGUUGGUUUCAGAAUCACAUGGUCCAAGUUUCACCUUAAGUUCUGCAUCAUCACUGUUUCAGCCAGAUAUGAUCACAUACUUUGUUAACAAUAUUAUGUUUUCUAUUUAUUUGCAGUCUCAACUCUGAAGCAAGGCAGCUUUUGGCACCUUGAAGUGAUUGUUUUCUCUCUAAAUGAGGCCUAAAGAUGAAAAGACGGUUGCUCUUUUCACUACAAACAAUGCCCACACUCUUUACCUUUUUUCCUUUACACUGGAUCUGUAAUAGGAAGAUAAAGUGCACAGUUAAAAUAUGGUAGGUUAAAAGCAAAUGUAAACACCUGUGAGUUUCCCUUCAGGUGUAUAACUGUAUAUAAGUCUAUGUACUGUACAGAAAUUAUGCAUCUAUAUGAAUGACAAAGUAUUAAAAUCUAAAAAUGUU